UAAAAACAAAAAAAAAAAAAAAAAAGGGAAAGAGGAAGGUUUCUGGCCAUGGCGGUAGCGGCAAUUCCAGAAACAUUUGAGGAUCCAAAUUCCAAUUGGGCAUCAUCAAACCAAAGCUAGCUUUAUCUGAAAUUUGAGGUAGACGAAGAGCCAGCACUCAGAGAGGAAGGAAAGAUGAGACCUUCAAUUUCAAAGCAGGGAACUGCAGACAAUAGUAAUAAGGGCCUCACCGGUCACACCUGCACCCUCCAUCAGCGUCUCAAUCAUGCUCUGAACCUCGGCACCAGAAUUAAUCACGACAAGGUGAAAAAAUGGCAGUGUGUCGAUAUCGAGAUACAAAGACAUGUGCUCCACUCAAUAGCUGCAUUUCUCGAUUCUGUUUCUGGGGAUACGCGGCACCAUCCACAUGUGAAGGCUUCAGUUGUUGACAUUGUUGGCGCAUUGGUUUGGAUGCUUCAAUCUGACAAUGGAUCCAUGUUGAGGAUGGCAGCGGAUGUGACAGUAAAAUUAGUCAGUAUUUUCCCCAAAUCAGUACUGCAGCUUUAUGUGUUAGAGCUUGUUAAUCCUUUGUCAUCUUUGUUAUCUUCGCACCAAACAGAAGUAGCUAUUUUAUCUGCAACAGCAUUGAAUCUUAUUCUUUCAAACCUCAGUACCAAGAGUGAGAAAGACGUUUGGGAAAUUCUUAGGAAAACAGAAAGUGUAUCUCAAGUUGUCAGUAAUUUACGGUUUUUUCCUGGAUGUACAAAGACACUGAAAUAUUUCCAACAGAUGGCUUUACUUUUGAGCACAAUACUAUGGUGGUGGCCGUCAUCCAGGUUUUCUGUUUGGAGUGAUACUAAACUGAUGAAUGGCUUAAAUGAAAUGUUAAAGCUAGAUAUUGAUGAAAAAGUUGCAGUUUUGAAGUUGUAUUCUUCUUUAGCUUUAUGUGGUAUUGGGGCCAAAAAAGUAUUGGAAAGUGGAGAGAUCCUCGAACAGAUGGUGCAAUGCAUGGACAACUCUCAUCCACACUCAAUUCGCAUUGAAGGAUUCAAGUUAGCCCAGUGCCUAGUGAUAAAUGAAGAAAUAUGCUUACUAAUGAUGAGCUUAGGUUACAAACCUAUCAUCAAAGCCAUAAUUUCUGGAAUGAGUGAGUGGAACUCACAUUCUAGAAAGGUCAGCAAUGACCAGAUGUCUUUGCUAGAGGAGGCAUGUCGCUUGGCUCUGAUAACUCGUUGGGAAGGGGAGCAUCACAUUUAUAUGUGGAAACAAGGGAUUGACAAAAUCCUUCUUGAUCUUCUCCUUGAAAAUUUUCACAACCAACCAUACAAAUGUUCCAUGUCAUUGGAUGAGCAAAUGGUUAUUGCCAAGGAGGGUCUCAAUGCCAAUUAUCUUCUUGUUCUGAGGAGUUAUAUCUGGGAUAUUCUUGGAUGGCUUGCAAUACAUUGUGGGGAGGAUUUCAACCCUGAAAGGGAAAUCUAUAUUAACAUCCUCAUCACAUGUGCUUGUUUGACCUUUGUUGAUGCAAUUCAAAAGUGGCAUAAAAUAUAUGAAAAUGAUAUUGCUGGUGCCUUCAGACGUGAAUCGGCUACAAGGGCAGUUUCAAUGAUGAUUUAUUCACCCUGUAAAUACAUUGCGUCGAAGACCAGAUUCAUAUUGUCCGAAAUACUAGGACUAGAUGGAGGGGAGUAUUUGAAAACCUUACUGGGUUUCCUAAAUAAUUUGUCAUCUGGGAAUUAUUUUGGAGUUCCAGAUAAACUCCAAAUUAUUGUUUAUUUAAUGGGAUUAGCAUGCUAUUCAGCUUUGCCACAGUACCAAGUCUCAGGUAAAAAAUGUGUAAAAACAUUAUUGGCUUUUAUAAGGUGGUGCUUAACUAAUAAUUUCCAUUUAGAAAGAUCAAGCUUUGCUCCUCAUCUGCAUAAUCCAUUCCAUGAGAGGAUUUGCUGUUGGGUUUCUGCAGAAGACUGGGAAGGCAAAGACAUUCUUUUGUUUUACAGUUUGUGGGGGCUGGCUGAGUGGAUACAGCAUUGGGGAUGCUUAGGAAAUAACCUAGACCAAACUUCUGGUGAGAUGAGACCAAUAGAAGCUCAACUUGUUAGUGAACUUCAGGAUAUCUGUAACAACAGUCGUACUCCUGGAGUGCAAUGGUAUGCUGCAUAUGUUCUUAGUUAUUUUGGAUAUUAUGGUUUUCCAAGUAAACUUGGGAAAAAGAUUGGCAAGGCACUUACUGAGAAGGAUUAUGCUGACAUACAACUCAUUCUUGCAAAUGGAGAGUGUUUGAGGGUCCAUGGUGUUGUGCUUGCAACUCAAUGUCCAUCAUUGUUGCCUUCUGAAGUGCUGUUUCCCAGCGAGGUAACAUGUGAUGAAUCUUCAGUGACAUGCUCUAUGGAAAUCUGUAAAAAGUUCUGUAAAGACAUAAGGUUAUCUGUUCAUGUUGAUCACCAAGCGUUGGUUAUGUUGUUGGAGUAUAUCUAUUUGGGAUAUCUACAAGCAGGACAAGAACUUGUAAAGAAGUUGAGGACUCUUGCCAAACGUUGUAAUCUACAGUCUUUGUUACAGAUGCUUUAUAGGAAACGUCCCAAGUGGGGCUCUGCUCACCCCAGCCUUGAUCUUAGUGCAGCUCUUCGUCUGUCUGGGUGUCGUUUCUCAGAUGUCAUCUUAGAAGCUAAGACAACUGAGCUUUUGGGCUGGACAUGUGGUAUUUGCUUUCGCUCGGUGCCACAUAUGCACGUUCACAAAGUUAUUUUGUCAUCAAGUUGUGAUUAUUUGCGGGCCUUGUUACAGUCAGGAAUGCAAGAGAGCCAUUCACAAACCAUAAAGAGCUCUAUUAGUUGGGAAGCAAUGGUUAAACUAGUCAACUGCUUCUAUUGUGGUAAGCUGCCAAAGCCUCCCUCUGGAUGUUUAUGGAAUAAUAUGGACACCGAAGAAAAGUUACAUGAGCUGCAGCCAUAUGUAGAGCUCUGUUGGCUUUCUGAGUUCUGGCUCAUGGAAGAUAUUCAGACAGCAUGCUUCGAUGUGAUCAUAUCAACUCUCAGUUCUGCCAAAGAGUUGUCUAUUAAGAUACUACAAAUUGCUGCCAAUUUUUCUCUGUGGAAGUUGGCCGAAGUUGCAGCAACUUAUGCAGCCCCUUUAUAUCGCCAACUGUGUGAUUCUGGUGAACUCGACGCACUUGAUGAAAUGCUGGUUGAGAUGAUUCGUGCAGCCUCUGUUCAUCUCUCUCAACAGGGUGGUAAUCAAUGUUGAUUUUAUUUCUACGUAGAUGAUUGAAAAGAUAUGAAAAUGUGAAAUAGACUACUUUUGGAGAGUUUGUUGUGCAACCAAAUGCUAAUUCUGCCAAUUUUCUUAUGCUCUCUUUUCAGAAAAGAUUUUGUAGAUUUUAAAGUAAGGGCAUGGUCUCUUUUUGACAUAAGGGAUUGGCUGCUUGAGUAGUACAAUUUUCUUGUUCUUUGUUUUGUAUGUUCAUAUGUGGGGAGGGGUGGUGGGGACGGGGAUGGGGAUAGUGAGAGAACAGCUGUAGAUAAGGCAUUUGUAGAUAUUUCUUUCUUUUGUCAGCGCCAAAUUAGGGUCAAAGUAAAACUGUAUUUUUAAUCCUUCAAAUGUAUUGCUUUGUGUUUCAUAAUGUCAGCAUGUCACCUAGCAUGUUCACUCCUCCACAUUUCUCUGUUACUAAUGCAUAUAUCUCAAGCAGGUUAGCAGAGUUGACAAAAUGCCUAAAAUUAACAGUCUACCGUCUACAACACAGAGGUUGUUCCUUUGCACUAGGGAAGAAGCAUGGCUGUAGAGGAUGGAUCUCCGUAGUAGGAACUUCACCAUUCAGCCGUGAUUAUUUUCCGGUCGCUCUUCUAAGCAUUAUCAUUGCUUUUGAAGUGAAAUUAGCUUAGCUUGAGUCAAAUUGUGAUCCUCACUUUGGUGCUGACAGAGUCCCACUACUUUGAUGACAAACUCAAUUUUGUAGUUGAAAUUGAAAAGGUGUCAUCAUUGCUCUUGAAGUGAAAUUAGCAUAGCUCGAGUAGGAUUGCAGCUCUCCGGAAUCAGAUACAUCAUUUCUUGGCAGGAGGGCAAGCCUUGGCGCAAUGGAAAGUCAACUCCUUUGUCACCAAAAGGCCAGGGGUUUGCCGUGCAAACAGCCUCUUUGCAAAGCAAGGGUAUAGUUGCGUACGGUAGACAUUUCUCCCCUGACCGUCACAAAGCGAGGAGCCUGGUUGGCUUGGGGUCAUGCUUUCAUUUAAAGCAUUAGAUCCAGUUUGAUAAAGUUCUUUGAUUUUUGACGCUCCCAUAUCCCCCGUGCUCCCAAAUCUCCCAUAUCUGUGCUUCAUAGUCAGGGUGGGGAAUGGAAAACAGAUGGCGUACAGAUUGAUCCUAAUGGAAUGGAAAAACUCUGGGAAGGGAAGUCUUCACCAUUAUGACAGGAGUGAAGGAAGGAAGAAAAUAUAGGAAAGAGGAAGAAGUAGGACUGAACCUGGCCUGAUGCCGUACUAACUUGAAAGUAUGGCAAGAGUACAAAUUGCAGAAUGGGCAAACAAUCAGUCAGCUGCCGGUAAAUCAAAUGGCAGGGGAGACACAAAUGAGGAGUUGAGCAGGUCUGGAUGCACAAAGGCAAAUCUUCUAAGCACUUGAUUAUCUGCAAAAUUUAAAGGCCCCUCUGCAUCCCAUUCCAACAAGCUUCCCAAGUGUAGGCGGAGCUGUGUUGCCCGUUGCAUGGUUGACACCUGGUGAAGUGCGUGGUAAAAGGCCUUCUGAGAUCAUCUUCCCAGUAUCCCUUAUCCUUCACAUGUUGGUCUCUCAUAGUUCCAUAGAACUGGCUCACUUUCUCCGCGUGUCUCCUCCUUAACAUGUCCACCUCUCUUUCAAUCUCUAUGUAUCGUUUGGUAAUGGUGUCAAGACCAUCCACUAUUAACCAGUAUCCGUGUUGGUAGUAAUCACCUUCCACGUAAGUCUUGUUUGCCCAUCCUUCUUGCUGUGUUAUUAGAAGAUAAAUCAGACCCUAUUGAUCGUCUGAAUUUGAAAUUUGCUUGCCUUUGAUCAAUGAAUUUUGCAUCUACGCCCAUCUUUCGUAGUCUGGGGUCUGUGGCCCCAUGGUGAUCCAUGCCUCUAUGAGGUUCAUGGACCACUGGCAGUUGCGUAUCAGGAACACUCCGGUGUUGAUACUCGUCCAGCUGCUUGUCGUAUAUCUCAUGCCACCACCCAUGCACAACUAGGUUGUGGUCAUUGUAUCUCUCUAGUGGGAGCUUGAAGUCCAUGUCUAUGACAAUCGCAUCUGAGACCACCCACCACAUACACUCCACCUCAGGAUGAGCCGGCAUGGCAGCACGGAGAGUUGGUAAUUAGGCCCAGGCGCCAGUCACUUUUGAAUGGAACGCCAGAUUGUUGUAGAAGAUUUCAUAGCCGUGGGGUCAGCAAUGGUCUACUUUGUUCUUGAAAAACCGAAGCAGCAAAUGAUCACCAACUGGGUUACUGCUUGCUAUGCUCUGAGACCCCUUCACAAGAAGAACCCGAUCACGUACACUAGCGGAGAAAGAAGGGUGAUGCAGCAGCCACUUCUUGCGCUUCUCAUCCCAGUCUUCCACAGGUUGCCCAAUCAAGUAGCUGAAGUUUGGAUCAUCAUAGAAUGUAGGCUCAGCUGGGUCAUAUCCUGAGUCAAGGCCGUGGGCAAAUUUGCUCCAGGUGUUGGUUUUGUCGAAGUAUGUGUCGUUGGAAACUUGAAAGAAAAAAUAUUUCAACCAAUUGUAUUAGACACUUGGUGUAGCGGGUUGUAUUCUCGGCACAUUGAAAAAUUUAUGGAUCGUAUUCUCGGCACAUUGAAAAAUUUAUCCUGUACAUCAAGUAACUAACUGAAGGUACAUCCGCCACCCAACUUUUAAGUUAUCUGGUACACACCUAUUUCAUAGGUUGGGCUAUGUCAUUGAGGUAAGAAGGUUAAAGUACGUGUUGAUCCUC